AUGGAAGCGGCAGCAUUACAAAUUGAACACUUGUACGUCCGUCAUAAAUUUAACAGGUAAAACUUUUUCGGGGUUUACUUUUAUAGGAGAAAUAGAGCCGAAAAUCGAGAAAAAAAAAACUAUUUCUGAUGAAAUCGAAUCAGUAUUAUAAAGGUGAACCGUUGAAUGUUAUAGAAAAUAAGUGAAAAGCGGAAAAAAGAAAAAAAUAAGAGUAAAAGGAUCUGGCAGACAAAAUAAUCUAUCGCCAGUGAUUCGCACAUGUACCAGCGAGAGACACUAAAUUUUUAUUGAGGGACACGGAAACGAGGCGAAGCUCAGAUAUCGCGGACGUCGGGAUUGGAGGAACCAACGAGCUUUCACACGAACACAAACAAUCCGCCGAGUGGAGGGCGCCGCACAGUCGCUUUCCAACAACAUAUCAUCCGUUACUGCUUUACGACUCACAAUUUCUAUGA